AUGGGCGCUGAUGAUGAAGAUUCACAGCCAUACUUCACCCGUGGCCGCCUCAGUCGUGGCCGUGGCCUCAGAAACAGUACCGGCUGUGCAACAUGUCGCCGCCGUCAUGUCAAGUGCGACGAGAGGAAACCCAUAUGCGGUGGAUGUGAGAGAACCAAACACAAUUGUCUUUACACACCAAGGCGGCCACCAAACAGAAAACGGUCCGAUCCUCCUCGAUCGCCUCGGUCUUCCAGUCCAUCAAACUCCGAGUAUCAGCCCGUCGUCUGUGAUGACGAGCCAGCUCCUCUACCGGCAGUAACGCUUGGAGAACCACACACAUCAAGCAUAGCGAGCGCUACCACAAUAGCACCGUCCAAUGACGAAGGCAUAGAUAGGUCUAAUCACGCCAGUACCGGCGAUAGACCAGCUUUCGAGCAAGACUCUCCAGAGCAAGUCGACGCGUUAUGCACAGGUAUCACACCACGUGGCACAGCACGCACGUCCAGCUCGUUCGGGGCAAACCUGGAGAACGCCACGGCCAUUUGGGUCGACCUGCUUCUCCAAGAUGCGGCCAUGCAAGAAAUCGAUUUCACCAACGUCAAUUUCGAAGAAGGCGUCGAUCUCUUUGCAAGUUCGGUCGUGCAAUCACCUGCUGUGGGGCGGAGUUUACCAAACACCAGUGGAGAAGGCCUCAGUCCUACGCCAUGCGCGUCACAUCCCCACUUGCAUGAGAGAUCUCCGACGCUCGAUGAAUACCAAUGCCUCGAGAAACAGGCUUGGCGAUCGGCGACGCCUCUACCAAUCCAGGCGCAGGAACAUGUUGUUUUCCAAAACUUUGUGCAACACAUUAGUAGAUGGAUGGAUCUAUUCGAGCCUAGACGCCCAUUUGGAACACUUGUCCCUCAACUUGCAAUGCAUAAUGUAGGGCUGCUCAAUGCCGUCCUCGCUCUGUCUGCACGUCACCUCUCUUUGAGUACACACUCAGACGGCACACAAAUUCGAGACCCCAACGACGCACUACGAUACUAUUACAAGACACUACACUAUAUCCAAGAGGCGAUGCAAUACGACACAUACAAAACGAGCCUCGAACUUCUCGCGACCAGCAUCACUGUAUCAGCGUACGAGAUGCUCGACGGCUCGAGACAAGAUUGGGAAAGACAUCUGAAAGGAGUCUUCUGGAUUCAACGCUCACAAGUCAUUCAUGGAGAUUCCAUGGGCUUAAAGCAAGCUGUCUGGUGGGCAUGGAUAUGCCAGGAUGUCUGGGCUGCCUUUCGCGAGAAGCGUCGUCCCUUUACUUUCUGGCGGCCACUAAAGACACUAGACGAUCUAGGCCCGUCUGAGCUGGCGGCGCGGUCAGUCUACUUCUUCGCUCAAGUGAUCGCAUUCUGCUCGUUUGAAGAGACCGAAGCGGGGAAGAAUGACCCUCACGCGAGAAUCUCGGCGGCUGAUGCCUUGAGAGAAAUGCUGGAAAACUGGAGGCGGCACCUGACGGCCGAGUUCCAACCACUCCCCUACCCGAGUUCUCCUGAUGACAUCUUCGAGCCGAUCUGGAUCAACCCUCCGGCAUUUGCGGUGGCUUUCCAAAUCUACUACUGCUCCCACAUCCUGCUCCUAAUGAAUGUACCCGUUCUAGGUGGACUUGAACAGUACACACAGCAGCGGAAGCGUCUGAUGGAAUGCGUCAAGAAAGUUUGUGGUAUCGGCGUGACACUGUCAGACUAUCCAUCGAGCGUUUUGUGCUCUCAGUGUCUAUUCAUCGUAGAGAACGGAAAUGCGUUUUAA